AGCAGCAAACUGAGAAAGCAGAUGGGCGUAUAGAGGGACAAAACAGAUAGGGCAGGCAAUGAGACGGAUAAUAUACAUUUAUAAAGGAGGCGAUUAGCUUGCCGUGGUGUGCACACUUGGAUACUGGCCAUAGCCAUGGUGAAGAUCUUUGUUGGGGGAGUCUCACCAUCAGCUUCUCCUGAUGAGCUGAAGAAACUAUUUGAAAGGUAUGGACAGGUGAAUGAGUGUGACAUCUUAAAAAACUAUGCAUUUGUCCACAUGGAAAGAGAGCAGGAUGCUCACCGUGCCAUUAGUGAGUUGCACAAACAAGAGUUCUAUGGCUCUCACCUCACAGUAGAAUAUGCCACCUCUAAGAUACGCAAUGCUACCAAGAUAUACGUGGGGAACGUAUCAAGCCGGGCCACCACAUCCCAAGUAAAGGAGCUCUUUGAAAAGUUUGGUAAGGUGGUGGAGUGUGACAUAGUUAAGAAUUAUGCCUUUGUGCACAUGGCCAAAGAAAGGGAAGCAAUGGAUGCCAUCUUGCACCUCAACGAUACACCUUUGGAAGACCAGAAAAUUUUUGUUACCCUAUCAAAGAGUAAUAAUGCACCAAAAAAUUCCAAGUCAGCUGCUGGAGGGGUUAUAGCAGCUUCAACGUCUGUCCCUCCACCACCUCCCCCACCACCACCUGCCUAUUAUUUUCAUCGGGGACGCCUGCCUCCACCUCCAACAACCUUUUCUGCUUAUACCCCGCGUUCAUGGUAUGAAAGGGAAUACUACGAGAGAUACGCCUAUGACUUUUAUGAAAGGAGUGGGCUGGCAGCUCGUGCUGCAUAUGACAGGGCCCUGACUCCAGCAGCAGUCGUGGCUGCAGCUGCUGCAGCUUUGCCUGCUGCUCCACCUGCCCCACAAUCUAUCAGUGCAGCUUUGGCUCCUUCAGCAUACAGGGAUAGGAGUCCUGUAGGCAGAAGAACAGCUGCGACUGCAGCAGCAGUUGUGGCCCAAUAUGCAGACCCAUACAGUGCCUCUCAAGCCUAUAGCCAGAGCUACAGCCAAGCCUAUGCUUCUGCUUUCUCUCAGUAUAGUAUGGGAUUGGCAACCUACAGCCCUGCAGAAUACUAUGAGAAAUAUGCUAAUGGUUAUGCAGGCCAGUACAGCCAGACCUACUAAGCAACAACGCUACAGAACAACACAUCCACAAAAUUAUGUAUUUUCCUUCUCCAAAUCUCCUUUUAUCACUACAGUGGGCCUGGAAAUAUAGAAAUAGGAUUUCACAAGUCCUCUAGUACCAACUCCAGGUAUCAACAAGAGAAGGAAGAAUGAGCUACAGAAUGAUAACAGUGGAUGCGUGCUUUGAUAAAAGUCACACCUAUGGUCCAGAAAUAGCACUUGUCUCCUGUGGUUCACGGAAACACAAAUUAAAGUGGUUAUGUGAUUUGAGAAGGUGAACAACCCAAAUUCAGAAGCUGAGGGAAUGAAUGCGAUAACAUUUACACGGCUCUUCUUGCUUUUAUAUCUUCUGCUCUGGUUAUUCCCUUUCAGAUACUAUUUACAAAUUCCAAGUAACCAGAAUGCAAUUGGAAAUGGAGGACUGAGGUCUUUCAUUGUCAGAUCAGCUUUGGUGUGAUAUUGCAGCUCAUUGCUGUUCAGCUGAAAUGUGACUUGAGCAACAUUCCGUGAUGGUCAUUAAAAGACAAAUCUCGAAUUUUUAACCCCUUUGCCCCCCCAAAAAUUCAUGGUUGAAUACGUGAAAUAAACAGCAGAUAAAGUUGGGUUCUAACAAGAGGGGGAGAGAAAAUAUGGGAGCCUCAGAGAGGUUGCUAUUGAUGCAGAUGCAACUAAGCACAAGAAAAGGGAGAGUAAUCGAGUUUCCGCUUACAAAAGUCGGAAAAAACACACAGAGCGAGCAGAUCUACUACAUCAGGAAUAUGAGAAAUUAGAGAAAGAAAAUUCAGCAUUACACAAGGAAAUUCAGAGUCUGCAACAGGAACAUCUGAAUCUGACCAAAGUCUUACAGGAACAUGAAGCUGCCUGCCUGCUGUAUACCCCAGAAAUCAUGUUGGAGCUGCUGCAGCAACCAGACCUUUGGUCCCAGGAGGAGCGUGAGCUUGCAUUCAUUUAUUAACCACGGAAAGACUGUGACUGUAACCAAUUUCUCUCAGUGCAGAACCAACAACAUUUGCCAGUAUUUGGCAUUUCCUUUGCCCUGCUGGUGCAUAUUAUCAUGCCUUUGUGCCAUCAGAACCAGGAGGAUAAUAGUGAUGUUGUUCUUCAUUUGGUUAAAUUGUGCUGAUUCAUUCAUUAUUCAAAAAGGAUGAUUUUUAUUACAUUACAGUGACACCAGAACAUGCAGUGGGUCAGUUAAUAGGAGCAAUUAUAUGGUUAGAAUGCUGCGGAAGUUAUUCUCUUCAAAGUCUGUUAUUCAGCUGGCUAAUGAUACACAAUUUCAGUAGUCAGAACCAGGAUUGCAGGCAAUAUAAACAGGCACACGCUAACUCUCUGAGGCUGUUAACACUAAGAACUUUAUCCAAAACUUGUACCUGAUCCAUGAACAAACACUCACUCAGUUGCAUUGGUCUUGAUGCAUGGAUACAAUUGUGGGGAAUGCAAUACUGUGCAUGGCAGCAAUAGCACUGGAAGCAUAAUUAUGUGUGUAAAAACCAUGGUGCUUUGUGCACUGCACUUGCAGUAAAUGAGCCCUAGGACCUCUUUAAGUUUUCUUGCUGCAAAGCCAUAUUUGCCAUGUUUAUAAAUAAUGAAUGUAGUCAUGCUGCUAAUGCCGAAUUAUCAGUCCUUGCACGCACUGAUACCCUACUGAGCAAUAGCAGCCAGUGUCAUUUAAUAUUAUAUUUAAUUAUAGUUCUGAAGAGUAGAAAUAAGUAAUUGUCAUGUUAGGCCCAGCAGUAAGGGGUUACAUUUUUAAUUUAGAAGUCUGCUUGUAAUCCACAAUUGAAGGAAACCCCUCACAGUAGGGGGUAAUUCACAAAUACACCCUAAAUGACACUGAAGUCGGGCUGGCUGGCGUGUGUGUGAAGAGCCAGAAUUAAUCAACAAGUUUAACCAAAUUAUCAUACCUGUGCUACAGUGGGAAUCUGUCUCUUCUUAGCAGAUUCUUAGCUAAUAUUUCUCUGGGCCCAUAAAAUAAAUACCUUAUACUAAAAAUAAAAAUCAUGGUGCCCAGACAUUAGCUUAUAGCUAGGGCUCCCCACAGACUCCAAACACUCCCGUGUUAUGAUGAUCCAUCAUGGGAUUAUCUCAUAUUCUGAUAAAACCAGAAUAAAAUGGGUUAGGCCUGAUGUGUUUGGUGUCUAGGAAAAGACAAUUCCAUUUCCCACAUAAUGCACAUGGUUCUAUAAUUCUGGUGAAUACCCCUAAAUAUUUAAGGAUAGCUGGAAAAUAAAAAUGUCAGCAGGACAGCCAGUUACCAAAUGGUGACCCGCCCUCACCUUUCUCAUUGGAUGGGGGCGUGAACUUUGUAAACUGGAGGUGUGAACCUUGUGAACUGUAUAUCAAUGGCCCAGACAACUGGGAAGAUAUAUGCCUUUAGGGGCCGAGCUGCUCGGGAGGUAUAUGUCGCUAUUUCUCCAUCCCCCCGGAAACAGGAAUUACAUAGGAUCAUUCAAUUGGUGAUAUAU